GUAUUUCCAGCCAUCUCGCAUCAGGUGCCCGAACUUUUAUUGCCUUUUCCUGAAGUAAGAGGAAAUCCCCUUUUAUGGACUUUGAGGGCAUUAUCAAUGGCCUACCGAUCCCAAAGGCCUGUGUGUAGUCCGAAUCAUUUGCGCUGAACUACUAACCUAAAGGCUGGCAGUUCAAACCCACCCACCGGUACCGCUACUCUGUAACACAUGGGGUCACCAUGAAUCGGGAUUGACUCCACAGCAAUGGGUUCGGCUUUUUGGUUUACUGAUCCUGAGGUCACUGAAAUUUCCAUGGUAAACAUCUGAGGGAUACAAACCAGUGGCUUUUAAAAUACUAAACUCCGUAAGAUCUCAGCCAAUCUGAGAUAACAGAAUGAGAUAGCUUUAUCCUUGGAGGCCCCUUUCUGCCCUCUUCCUCCCAGUGGCCCAUUCCUACCCCUACUUAUAUGUCUUGCCUUUCUAUGUUCUCCCUUCUUUCUUCCACCAAAACCUGAGCUCAGGAAAGAAUCUGAUAAACUUCUUACACUGUAAACUUUAAGUAAAGGAAUGAAACUUUAAUGGUAGAAUUUGAGGCAUAGCUGAGCUAGUGUAGAAGGAAUUUGAGGGUAGGAGGGGACCUUAAAGAAUCUCCAGGAUUCAGACCGUAUAAGUAGCAUUUUUUUUUCAUUUAAUGAGCAUUUAUUGAUUACCUCCAAAUGCUAGGCACUGGAUAUAUAACAAAAAAAACCAACCCAUUACCGUCAAGUCAAUUCUGACUCCUAGUGGCCCUAUAGGACAGAGAAGUACUGCCCCAUAGGGUUUCUGAGGAGCAGCUGGUGGAUUCUAACUGCUGGCCUUUUGAUUUGCAGCCAAGCUUUUAAUCACUGCGCCACCAGAGUCCCAUUAGGUACAUCCAUUGCCGUCAAGUCGAUUUCUACUCGACUUCGUAGGGUUUCUGAGGCUGUAAAUCUCUAUGGUAGCAGACUGCCACAUCUUUCUCCUGAGAGCCACUGGUGGUUUCGAACCUCCAACCUUUCGGUUAACAGUCGUUGCUUUAACCACUGUGCCACCAGGGCUCCUUCCAUUGAGUAUAUACUGGUAUGCAAAAGAGACAUGGCCAUUUCCCUCAUGAAGCUUAUAGAGGAUAAACAAUUAGAAAAUAAUACAAAUGAUCACAGAAGACCUUUCUGAGGAAGUAACAUCUGAGCCACGAUCUAAAGGAUGAGUAGAAAUUAGCCAGGCAAAGGGAACAACCAAGUGUGUUUUAUUUCAUUAAUUAAUUUGAUUGUGCUUUAGGUGAAAGUUUACAGAGCAAAUGAGAUUCCCAUUUGAUAGUUCAUACGUGAAGUGUUUCCUGGCCUUGGUUUCAUUCCCCACAGUGUGUCAGCACUCUCCCAAUUUCUGUCCUGGGUCCCCCAUUUCCUUUCAUCCUGAUUUUUGACCCCUUCCUACCUUCUCAUCAAUAUUGCCCUUUUGAUCUCAUAUAAUUGGCUAUUCUAAGGAGCACAUUCCUCUUGGGUAUUAUUUAUUUUAUAGGCUUGCCUAUUGUUUGGCUGGAAGGUAGUCUCCAGGAAUGGCUUCAGUUCCAGGUCAGAAGGGUGUCUCAGGGCUAUAGUCCUGGGGUAGCAAUUAAUUUUUAAGACUAACAAUAUACCAAAAAUGGUUUCUCUUCAAUCAGUAUUAAACACAAUAUAUUUCAGUUCAGCGAAUAUUGGAGAGCCAGAUAGCAGGCAGGUGCUAAUUGAUCACAGCCCUGGAGGAAAGAAACACAUACUCCUUAUAAAUGCAAUAGUAAAUUCUACAAUAACAACCACCAAAAAGAAAUAAGAAAAAAAGAGAGAGGUUAAAGGUGGUGUUACUACUUAAAUACAUCCAAACACCCAAACGCCCCAUGAGAUUAGUUCUGUUGGUUUAAAGGUACAGACACGGUCAGGGCUUCAUGAGAUUUUCCAGUUAAUUGGCCUAAUGCUGUUAGAAUUACUUUUUGACUCCCUAGUUCAGUGAAUAGCUUGCUAGUGGCCAUCCAAGUUAGAACAAUUGGUCUCUUCACUUGGAGCAGUGGAGGACGAAGGAGACUCAGGAAGCAGAGAUGGAACUGGACUGCAGGUCUAACUGCCGCCAUGAGCUACUGCCUCCUUAGCCGUGAGACCAGAAGAAUGGUGCCCGGCUACGACUAUUGAACAUUCUGAUCAAGGAAUCGAUAGCUGGAUCCUGAUCAAAAGGGUAUAAAAUGUGGAGCCGAAUUUCACAUUUGUACAGAAUUUCACAUUUGUACAGAAUCCAGGCUUAUUGGUCCUAUUAAGAUUGGGAGAACCCCUGAAACUAUCACUCUGAGAAAAUCUUUGAACCAUGAACCAAAAUUAUCUUCUUAAGUCAUGUUUAAAUUGAACAAUAGUUGAGCUAAAUUAGUGAAGAAUGUUCGACGUGAACUUUGCAUGCUUUUAAAGAAUUAUCUAUAUGAGAUCAAAUUGUCAACAGUAACUCUAAAGGAUAGAUGAGACGUUUAGGGGAUGGUGAGUUUAAGCCAAUGGUGGAGAAACAGUAUGGGCAGAGAUAGCAAGAAUGGUGACACAAUGUGAAGAAUGUAACCAGCAUUAUUGAAUUGUACAUAUAGAAACUGUUGAAUGGGCUUUAUGUUUUGCUAUGGAUAUUUUCACCAAAAUUAAAAGAAGAAAAAUGCAAUAGCAGAGCCCUGUGCAAAGUAUCACAAGCAAUUAAUUCUUUGGGAGGAGUAGGAUAGAUUAAGGAAAAUUUCAGAGUAAAAGGUGACAUUUGACAUUGAGAAAUUGAAUACGAGUUGGCCAGGCAGUCGGAGGCAGGGCAGGCAGGCAGAAGCAGCAGCAGAAGCAAAGAUAAGAGGUAUGAAGGUGUAUGAACUGUGUAGGAGAUGAUGAUGGAGUCCCUGGGUGGUGGUACAGAUGGUUAAAUGCUCAACUUCUAACUGGAAGGUUGGCACUUCAAACCCACUGAAAGGUGCCUCGGAAGAAAGGCCUGGCUCUUUGCUUCCAAAAACAACAGGGUCACCGUGAGUCAGAAUCGACUUGAUGACAACUGGUUUUGUUUAGGAAAUGAUGAAAAUCUUAGUAAGGCAAGAGUGCAGAGUGUGUUGAGAGUGGCAGGAAGGGGACAGAGAGAUUGGGAUUGUAUUGUGAAGGGCCAUGAAUGCCAUGUGAAGAUGUUUAAACAAUGGUUUUUGAACAAGGGAUCAAAUAGAUCCCAUGUGUUUUUUGGAGAAAAAUGCCUGGCAGGCAUAUAGAGGCUGGACUGGAGAAAAAAGAGCCUGGGGCUGGGCAUAGGUACUUGCUGAGCUCCAUAGGAACUCUUACAAACUACCCAAGACCACCUCAUCCAGAGUUUUUAUUCCUGGUCCUCCACAGACCAGCCUCUUUUUUUUACUUCAGAAAGAGGAUCUCACAUUACCAAAUUUUUACUUUGCCAAGUAAAGCCAUUUAAAAAAAAUCCAUCCACUUUCACCACUAUUUCAUAAAAUAGAAGACAUUUUAAUAUCAAGAAAAGCAUGAAGGCUAAACUUUCAAGGUAAAAGCAGUCCUUUGCAUGGAAUAAAUUUAGAUUUAUGGAAAACGUAUUAUCUGUCCUCGUUUUUCUCUGUCGUCAUGGACUGGCCCCAGUCUUGUAGUCUGGCAUUUGGGAGCUGUGUCUCCAGAUCAUUUUGUCUGGUAGCUUUUACUUCACAGAGGAGGAAAUGGGGAAGCCCAGUGAGAGUGAAUGAGUUACAUGUUCACAAAUGAAUGAGUUAUAUGCUUACAAAGGGGUGGUGGGAACAGAGGUCACAACUCUCGACCCCCAGGCCGGGUUCUUUCCACCUUAAAAUACCAUCCCUCCUACUCUUCACUAUUCCUCCUCUCAGCUUCUUGGCUCAGCCACACAGAUGUCAUCCUCAAAAUCUAGAAUUCAUUCCUGAUGCCGGUGCUCUUUUUAUGUGCUCUUACCAAGCGUGCCUGGAAUCACCAUAUCAAAGCCACAUUCUCUGUUACUUGAGGUCUAGUCCAGGCACAUCUUUCCUUUAUUUGAUGUGCUAUUUUGUAUCAUUAUUGAACCAUUUCACGUUAGCUUCUCAAACAAGAUUAUUCACUUUCUGAAGGAUAGUGACCACAUCUUCAGUUUUAAACCUCUUUUUGCAACUGUGAUGUUGCUGCUUCAAUACCUAGCAUAGUUCUGGGAGCAAUUUAGGUGAUGAAUGAAUUUACUCAUGAAAAAUUAACUUAUUCCCAACCCCACAAAGGCUUCUUUAUACGCCACCCUUCCUUUCCUUGGAGUUUACUGAAGAAGCCUCCUUGUUUCUGUGGGACGAGUGUCCCUAGCAUCAAAGCCAAGGGUAGCUGCAGUGAUCAGUGCUCCAAACCAAAGACCAGGUUUAUGAGAAGUCUGACGGUGCUCAUGGGGCACCCAGGCAGAGAUGAGGGCCAUCCGAGGAAACAACACGGAUUAGGGCUGUAGUCCCGGUAGAUUCCAAUAGUCACUGAUAGGAAACAGCUGUGUGUUUAGCACACACUGUUUCCGACGGUUUGAGACGAAAAGGAACAGUCUUAAAAAUAAUUACAUUUCUCCUGUCCUUAUGUCUACUAGGACAAAUGAAGAGGUUUUGGUUUUUGUUUAGGGAAAAGGCAGACGUGUUACAGAGAGAAAUAUGGUAUAAGAAAUACGCACAAUUAGGCUUUGUAAUAGGGCCGAUAUUAUGAUAAAUACUUCUAUUAUUUAAACAAAUUUACAUCUAAUCUUUCAGAAAUUUAUGAAUUAUCUGUAACUGUUUCUUAACAAUAUCAGUUUAACACCUUACAGCUGAUUUUUUUUGGUAUUUCUGAAGGGAUGGUCUCAGGUUGCUAGUUGUUUGCACAGCGUUGGAAAGAGGCAUCGUUGCAACAUUUUUUCUACACCUGAGGAGAAUUGACCUAACGCAGCUUAGCCCUCACAGAUAUUAAGAUGUCUGAUCAUGGCAGUGACACCUCAGCCACUGGAGACAAAGCCGAAUUUAUGGAGAAGCCAAGUAGUGAUUCUUUACCUGACGAUACAGAAGUGCACUGCGAUUCAGUUACGAUUUCGAAUGAGCCAACACCAGCUGAGCCCAGAGCAGAUGUUCAUGAAAAUGCAUCUGUUCAGGGUGCAGAGACUACUGAUACCAGACACCCUGAGCAGCCCACGGAGCCCCCCUUCAAUGGAGAAGUGACUGAGGACACACUUGCUGAGUGCGUGGACUCCGUCAGCCUUGAGGCAGAACCUGGAUCUGAAAUACCCCUGAAAGAACAGAAUAAUCCGGCUGUGGACUCCCCUCUGCGUGGAGGGGGAUGGGCAGGCUGGGGUUCCUGGGGCAAAUCUCUGCUCUCAUCAGCAUCUGCCACAGUAGGCCAUGGGUUGACAGCAGUCAAGGAAAAAGCAGGGGCCACCCUACGGAUUCAUAGUACAAAUUCCGGGUCUUCUGAAGGGGCCCAACCUGAUACUGAAAGUGAAGUCCCUCAAAUAACAGACGCUGCCACAGAUCAGAGCCCCACAGAAAGUCCGCCUACUUCUCCGUCGUCAGGGUCUCGGGGCAUGCUGUCAGCCAUCACCAACGUGGUUCAAAACACAGGUAAAAGCGUCUUAACUGGUGGUCUUGAUGCUUUGGAAUUCAUCGGCAAGAAAACCAUGAAUGUCCUUGCAGAAAGUGACCCAGGCUUCAGGCGGACCAAGACACUCAUGGAGAGAACUGUUUCCUUGUCUCAGAUGUUAAGGGAAGCCAAAGAGAAAGAGAAGCAGAGGCUGGCACAGCAGCUCACGGUGGAGAGAACUGCACACUAUGGGAUGCUGUUUGAUGAGUAUCAAGGCUUAUCACACUUGGAAGCCCUGGAAAUUCUGUCCAAUGAAAGUGAAAGCAAGGUUCAGUCAUUUUUAGCAUCACUCGAUGGAGAGAAGCUGGAAAUCUUAAAAAAUGACCUAAUUUCCAUUAAAGACAUCUUUGCAGCCAAAGAAUUAGAGAAUGAAGAGCAUCAAGAAGAACAAGGCUUAGAAGAAAGGGGAGAAGAAUUUGCUAGCAUGCUUACAGACCUUCUCUUUGAAAUACAUGUUGCAGCCACACCUGACAAACUCAAUAAGGCUAUGAAAAAAGCUUAUGACUGGGUGGAAGAAGAUCAAACCAUGGUGUCAGUAGAUAUGGCAAAAGAGCCAGAGGAGGGAACCAAGGAAGAAGAAAAGGAAGAGAAGGCUGAAAACCCUGAAGAAGACACAAAGGAAGAAAGGAAAAUGAAGACAGUAGAGGAAGUGUACAUGCUGUGCAUUGAAAGCCUGGCAGAAGUCACAGCGCGCUGUAUCGAGCAGCUUCAUAAAGUAGCAGAAUUAAUUCUUCACGGACAAGAAGAGGAAAAACCAGCUCAGGACCAAGCAAAAGUCCUGAUAAAAUUAACUACUGCAAUGUGCAGUGAAGUGGCCUCUUUAUCAAAGAAGUUUACAAAUUCUUUAACUGCUCUUGGGAGCAACAAGAAGGCUGAGGCCCUUAACCCCAUGAUCAAUAGCGUAUUGUUAGAGGGCUGUAAUAGCACGACGUACAUACAGGACGCCUUCCAGCUGCUGCUGCCCAUUCUGCAGGUUUCCCAUAUCCAGACCAGCUGUUUGAAAUCACAGCCGUGACCAUGCCUGACCCCAUCUGGUUAAAGGAAAUGGAGGCCAUGUAGCUUCAAUGUAUGCCGUUUGAGGGGAGGUUUAUUAAGCGUCUGGCUAGAGGCCCGUUUGAGGACACUUCAAGCAAUUUUGCACGGACAGUAUUGAGAAUAAGUUUAAAGAGAGUUAUCAUUUCUCUUAAUGUAUAUGGUUUUUUUUUUAACCAAUAAUUGUGUUUUCUUUAUGUUAAUUUAAACUUACACAGCUUGUAUUGAGUAUUUCCUUUAAUCUGCAAUUCACUGACAAAUAUUAAUUUCCAUUUUUCUGGCAAAGCAUGGUAUGUUUAGAAAUUCUUGGGUAGAUCUUAGAUUUUUUUUUUUAAUCUUUAGAUUUCCCAUUGUUAUUGUAUUAUUUUAAAUCAGUUCUUAUAUUGAACUUUGUUUUGUUACAUAAAUGUCAGGGCAAAGAUAACACUACUUAGAGAUUUUACCUAUUACGGUAAAAGAGGAACAUAGCCUUUAUGGUCAUAGACUCUUUAUAGUCGUUCAUUCUCUCAACAAGCAUUUAUUGAGCACCUACUGUGUCCUUACCAUACAGGAGCGUGAUCACCUAGUACAGCCAGAUAUUCUGAAAGAAAGUGUAUAGUAAUUCUUAAAAUGUCUAAAAAUAGCAAUAAAUUUUCUAAACCUUGAAAACUUUGAAGAGCAAGGUAAAGUAGUGGUUUUUAAUGUUCUAUCCUUCAAUUUAUUUUAUUUUUCUGCAUUUCUUUAAUUUUUUUUAUCCCAAACUUUAUACAUGGGGUAAAUAUAUAUAUAUAUAUUUAAUGUUAGAGUAUUUUAAAAUUGAUUUGUUAUGGUCAUGAGCACAUGAGGUCAUAAUUACACAGCUUAGAAGUAUUCAAAUAGAAAAUUAAAGAAUUUCAACACAGCAGAAUCAUAGGACUGAAUUUAAAAAUCUGCUAACAGGCAUGUUGAGUCAUAAAAAUAAAU